AGUGCCCUGCUUUCUUUCCAGUUCUGGCUCAAGCUGACUCUACUCCUGCCGGCUACAACAUGGAGAAUUUGGAGGAAGAUGUAAAGUUUAUCGUGGAUGAGACAUUUGAUUUUAGUGUGCCGUCACCUGACAGCCGUGAGGAGGAAGAGACUGCUGACCUGGCAGUCCCUGAGCGGCCACCUAGGCGGGGUCUGGCCCACCGGAGUGACCUGAACAUAGUGGCCGAAGAACCUCAGGGGUUGAGGCUAAGCUUGGGCCCCCUCAGCCCCGAGAAGUUGGAGGAGAUUCUCGAUGAGGCCAACCGUCUGGCGGCUCGACUGGAGCAAUGCGCCCUGCAGGAGAGAGACGCUGGUGGUGAUGGCAAGGGGCGGCGAGUGAAGGCCAGUCCCCGACGGGAGACGUUUGUGGUGAAGAACAGCCCCGUGCGAGCCCUGCUGCCCACUGUGAGCUCUCCUGCCCGGGGGGCCUCUUCUCCGGGAGGCCUGACCCCCCGACUCCGGAGCAGUGAGAAGAAGGGGUCGAGCAGGGCUCUGCGAGCCACAUCUGGAAAGAAGCCUUCUAGCACUAAGAAGGAGGUGCCCGCUGGCGGUGUGUUCCCCACUACAAGAAGUCAGUCUUCUCCCCUCAGCCGGAUCACCCCUCCAGCCCGAGGAAAAGUGGGACCCAGUGGGAGAGCACCUGCUGCUGCUUCCACCACAAGAACAGCUCUUGCCCUACAACUACCCCCAAACAACCUUCAGCGCCCAGCCCGGACACAGGGCCCAGCCGUCAGGCCCAGCAGGCUGCCCACGCCUACUGCCAUCCCCAAACCUGCCAGCCAGGCACUGCUCUCCAGCAGGAGUCCCCUGUCUGGGAAAGGCAGCCUGCCCCCAGAAGCCGCUCCACCUCGAAGAGGGCCUUCGAGGCCCAGCACAGCUGGACACCGAGUUCCUUCUACCCAGAGAUCAAACCUUCCAGUAUCUGCUGCCUCUCGAAACCAUCUGCAGUCUCCCAAGAAGGUGACAAUCCCACGACUCACUAGGUAA